AUGUGUGAUUCUUAUGUACGAUUUUGUAUCGAGCUCUGCAUAAGUUGGGCUUCGGGCGCUGUGAGCUGUUGGGCAGAAUCACUGGAGAAGUUAUCCCAAGCUCAAAUAAAAUUUUGCAGCCUUGUUGUUGCUGUCGAUCACUGCUUCCCUGUCACUGGCAAAGGUACGGUAAUGACUGGCACAGUAAUCGAAGGCUGCAUACGACUGGAUCAGGAAAUUGAAAUACCUGCACUGAAGGAGAAGAAGAAAGUGAAAGGACUUGAAUCAUGGAAGCAGCCUGUUGAAAAGGUUUGCAUUGGUCAGAAUAUUUUUUGUUUUUGA